CGCAGUACAUCGGUGAGGUGAUCUAGCGGGAUUUCGUGCCAGCGACGAGAUGAGGAUCACGUGUUUUGUCACGGUUUGCAUGUAUGUAUCAUCGACAGUAUCCGCCAAUGAGAUCAAUUCUUUAAAUAGGAUAAAGAAAACCGGAUUGCGCGAGGAUUUGACGCUGAAAGAUUUUACCGUGAAGAAGGUAAAUCCUAUCCCCGACAUCUAUCCCGAUGUCUACUCCACGUCGCAAAAGUCUCGAGCGAAGAUAUGGAUCGACACAUUCCAGAAGCCGAAAAAAGCCCACAGAUUUCUGCUCGAGCCCCAACAGCAUCGUUACUACAAUCGUGGUUACUCGAGACCACGUUUGAUAAAACGCUUGAAAACUCGUUCGAUUACCGGUGCGCCCUACGAGCUGGAAAAUAAUCAGCUGAACGUGUUAACUAAGUCUGUUCCGAAGCAUAACGAGGGACCUAUUCAUAUUGAGCCCGUACUUCGGGUCACCAAGAAGAAGAAUGUCUUCGACUCCAUCGUAGACAUCCUGGGUCAGUUGCUCAAUCCGCCGAAAAACGAGCCAGGCCCGUUGAUAGGUCCUAUCAACGUGCCAGGAUCGAUACGCAAGAUCUAUCUACGACUGAUGGAGCCGGUUGAAUCAAGUCAAGUGAUGGUACGUUUUAUCACCCAAGUACCGGUUCCUGUGAUCGACGUGGAGCCUAAACACGACUCUAUCAUUCCGAUUCCACCUAUUAUCGAUCCUGCAGCCGUGCUCUUGAAGAGCCAACACACUGUUUUGUCCGAUGCGGUGUUUGCUUCUACUCGCUAUUUGCCUCGAAGUGUUAAUCACACUUCCGGUAAAGUUCAAGUUCCGCAGUUGGGCAAAUCGUCUUUCUUGAACCUAAACAGUUCGCUGAAGGAUAUUCAUAGUGUUGGCACGAGCAGCAAGGACGGCUUUUUGAACGGAGAGGAGAAGAACAAAAAUCCGUUUGCGGAGUUGAACUUGGAGAAUUCCGAGAACCUGUUCUUCGGCGGGUCGAACUCAUACUACCAGGCGGGUGAAGACGCGGUGAACCAGGUGAAGCAGUUGUUGAACGACUCAACAACGGCAAUCGAGAACGACGAUUCGAAGGACCCACCGGGAACCUCGUAUGAGUUGAACACGUAUCGCUUGCCUCUUCGACAAAUCGCCCCACAGUAUCCUCUUGAACACCCUGUCGAACACAUCGAAUCUAACUCUCCUCUUUCUUACGAGGACACGUACAAAGUGCCAAGUGACGUUCUCACCGGUCCCAGCUUGUACACCAGUCCAUACGCACAGUUUAAGAACGCCGACUCAAUGUCAGGGUCUUAUGCGAACUCCUACGAUCCGCAUUACAGUGCUCCAAGUUCUUACUCUGUGUCCUACAAUAAACCGGACGAUGUACACACCACGCCGAGCAGUUAUUCGCCUUCGUAUCAGAAGCAGAACGACUUUAACGGCGGUCCGAGCUUUUAUCCAACUCCUUAUUGGAAACAAGAAGAGUUCAACAACGGGCUGAGCACCUCAACUUACGAGAAACCGAACGACCUUUACAGCGCGUCAAGUUCAUAUUCGACGUCUCACGCUAAACCGGCCAACACUUCACCUUCUUUGAGCUCGCUCACCUCUUUUUCUUAUAAGAAGCAGGAGGACAGUCAGAUUACUUCAGAUUCUAACGAUGCUCUUCGUGUCAUAGAUCCACCUCCUUUCUUCCCUACUUAUCGGAAGCCGUCGGAGAGCUACGCUAAUCGAUCGUCGUCGAUCGAGCAUUCCACGAUCCGUCAGUCGCGUUACAAAAUGCAGAACUCGAACGAGGUUGGUUCGAAUUCGAGGCAGCGUGGCGAUGAUCAAGUGAUAUGGGGUCAGAUGAAGCGAGAAAAGAGCGAGACAAAUCUUCGGCACGGAGAUUCCUCGGAAGCCGAUCACUCUGAUGACAAGUGGCAACCGGUCGAGUAUCUGCGCAAGAACACGGAUUGGCAUGAUGCGUACGCUGAUCUGACGAAAGUUGAGAAUGAUUCUCACGAAACCAGACAACCCUUUGAGCGCUUGGAAAAGACCUCACGUAAGGUCACGUUGAGCUCGCCCGAGAGAGCAGGCGCGAUCGAUCGGCAUCGAAAAACUGCGUCGAGACGCCGCGGUAUAUCGGUCCCCGUUACUCCGAAGUGUCCGGUUUCCAGUAAGGAAGUCGGAUGCGAGCAAGUAAAACCCACGUUGAUACCUGACUUGGAGACUUCGACGAAGGUUAUCGAGAAGCAGACACAGCCGACCGCAGAAAUUAAACCGAUCGUUGUAAUCUUUUCAGAAAUGGAAAAGAAUGAUGCAAUUGAAAGUAUGAGAUUAUUGGACGUCACCACGAAGGGCCCGACUACGACGAAGAGCCCGACUACGACGAAGAGCCCGACUACGACGAAGAGCCCGACUACGACGAAGAGCUCGACUAUGACGAAAAGUCCGACUACGAAGAGCUCGACGACUAGUAAUUUGACCGAGAAAACGUUGCCAUUGAUCGUGACGACCAAGAGUCCUCCGAUAAGUAGCAUGACGGAGAUACCGUUGCCAUUGAUAAGGACAACCAACAGCCCUGUGGUAAGCAGCACGACGGACAAAUUCAUCGUGGAUGUGAAGAAGAGUAGGCCAAUGGCGAAUAAGCUGGCGAUGAAACCGAUGAUGAAAUCGAUGAUAAAGCCGGCGAGCAGCACAACGAAAAAACCAUCGGUGAUUGAAAGUACUACGAUGACGGAGGCGUCCACAUCGAGCGAUACCACGAAGAAGCUAUUGCCGAAGAGGCCUAUGAUAAUGAAGAAAUCGGCGUUCAUAAUGAAAAGAAUGGAGUUGAGCAGUACCACGAUGAGAACGGUAGUGAGUAGCACGCAGAGGCCGACGAGAAGCAGUGUGACGAAGAAAACGAUGACGACGAGGAAAUCGACGUUCCGCGGCGGGAUUUCGCGAACAAAAUUGAGCACUAUUUGAUGAAAUUUUAUUUAUUAGUAACAUUAUAUCAUAUUCCGUUUCUGAGGCAUGACCGACGGGAAUUACGUACCUCUAUGCGUUUACGCAUUCGUCACUGCGUAAGAGAUAGAAUAUAUGAGUAUCCCUGAGAUGAAUCAUGAUACUGCGAAAACUAUUUCGGACUAUCAUAUAUUAGGGAAAAGGUUGUAUGUACAUGCGAGGCGCGUGCGUGUGUGUGAGAAUGGAUCGAAUACAUUUGUAUAUGAUAUCUUGUUAACAAUCCUUUGAGCGAAAGAACCUACACGAUAAUAGCAAUCGACGAUGCUUUUUUUCGUUUUACGUUAUUUGAAAUAUUCAUGAGAUCUGAAGUAUUGUUCGUUUUUAUUACAGAGGAAUUAUAUAAGAAUUAUUAUUAUAAAGAAGGUCUAAAGGUUUUCUUUAUAUAAACUGAUACUUUGCAAAAUGGGGAUAGUCCCGUGUUUGUUUUAAAUCGCAUACGAAGAAAUUGUUAGUAGCAAGAGACAUAUAAAUAUGUAUGUAUGUAUGUGUACACAUACAUACAUGCAUAUAUAUAUAUAUAUAUAUUCUUUUUAUAUUUAUAUUUUAUAUUUGAUGAGAAAAGCUGUCCUCACGUGAUAUGUUAUUGCUAAAUAACUCAUAUACUAUACAG